GGAGUACCUACUACCUAGUACCUAGGUCCUGGGCUAGUUACCAGGUACCUACCUACCUACGUAUUAUCAAUUAAAUCAACUAAUCAGUCAGUUGCUUUGUUACCAACAACAACAUUAACAAUAACAACGACAACAACGACAACGUCAUACGACUUGUAUCUCUGUCGCUGACGCUCUACCAACAUGGAAACAGACGUAGACGAAGCUGAAGUACCAUCCAAAGUACUUCAAAAUGCCCUUGCCGAAGUAGUAUUACCAUCAGAAAGACAAUCCGGUAACACCGCCAACCAAAACGAAAUAUGUUGUGUUAUUUGCCUCGAUCGCGUCACUGAAGCCUGCGAGGCUCGACCUUGCGGUCACCGAAACUUCGAUUAUGUUUGCCUGAUCAAUUGGCUUGAGCAACAGGCGAAGUGCCCCCUCUGCAAGAGCAACGUCAACGAAGUCUGGUACGACUUCAACCAUAAUGGAGCGGAUGCGAAAAACCAAGUAUAUCUAGUCCCUCCUCCAAAAGAGCCAUCACAAAACGUAUUACCCAACAUAUUACCAAACCUCUCACAACAACAAUCUCAACACCCACCAUGGCACCAUGCGCAGUUGCGACUUCGGCAUCAACAAACUCGAUUUGCCUUACAAAGAUAUCUUCGCUCUCGGUCUCGGUACCCGCCUACAGCUCCAAGGCAGCUAACUUCUGAGGAGGCUCUUCUUCGUCGUAAACAAGUUUAUCGUCACCAACUUUAUUCUCUACACGUCGGAUCUAAUCAUAUAUCUGGAUUCCGCGACUUGACUCCCCAGUUGUUUCAGACUGACCCCGAGAUGGUUUCUCGGGCACGAUCAUGGUUGAGAAGGGAAUUGCAAGUCUUCGAGUUUCUCCAUACCCCACCUACCGCGCAAUCUAACGACGAUGCAAUGACAAGACGACGUGCAACCAACGCGGAGUUUCUGCUCGAGUAUAUAAUUGCCAUCCUGAAGGCUGUGGAUAUUCAAGGAAGUCAAGGCCAAGCAGAAGAAAUGCUUAAAGACUUCCUGGGUCGAGCUAACACGAAGUUACUCCUUCAUGAGCUUGCGAAUUUCUUACGCAGUCCUUGGUCGAUCGAGGAUUGGGAUCGCAAGGUCCAGUACCCCAUCGUGAGAAUGCAUCCAGUAGUGCAAGAUGAGCAAGAGGAGGAAGGGGGAUUCCCUACAGGCCACAGACAAGUGGAAAGAGAAAGUUCGGACACGGGGACACUCACGGGGACACUCAUGGGGACACACACGGGGACACAACGGACGGGGGAUUUUUAUCGUCCUAACUAUUCUGACCAGAAUCAUAGAAGGACAAAGUCAACAAAUGAAAAUCAAACAGAUUAAAACCUACUUGUCGGUUCAAGAGAAUCAAUAGUGCUGCCAUAAAUGAUACUGACAUCCCAAAAGCACGAAUAAGAAAUACAAAACGUUAACUAACCUACCUACCCUAAGUACACAUGGACUCGCUACAUUUCUUCACAUGCACUUCAGAAGGCACCCACGCCUAGAAAAACUAGUCAAUGCAUUCAAACCCAUCGCCUUAUUUGCACAGGCACCAGGUGGUCAGAUAUUUAAAGGGAUGAUGCGUUUCGUUCAGCUCACAGAGUUUCUACUUCUGCCUACUUUUGUCUACGAUAUAUGUCAAAGCUAGAACUCUAAUAUCACCCAAGUGCUAAUGGAAGAUCUGAGCACUGAGGAUUAUAAAGUCACCCUCCUCUCUCCCACAUCCUUUGUAAUUUUUCAAGUUAAUUUUGCCCAUCUCACCCACCUUAUAAUUCACAAUUCUUGAG